GGACUCUGGAAACCAUUCGGUUCCACGGAGGGGGCGGGAUCAGAUCGGGAAGGAGGUGGUUGGUGAUUGGUAGCUGGUUCCCGUGUUUGACAACGGAUAGGCGGAAUCUAGCGAUUGAUGGUGGGUGGGCGGGGUCUGAUGAUUGGCAUCCGAUGGGCGGAGUUUGCGUAUAGCGGUCGAUGGGCGGGGCCUGGUGAUUGACAGCCGGAGGCAAACAAGACAGUGCGGGCUAAGAGCCCAGAAUUGGAGUUGCAGAUUUAGGAGGAGGAUCGCAGCAGUCGGGUGUGGAGCCAGAAAGUGAAAAGAAAUUGUGCUUCACAUCUCCGAUUAACAACAUGCCAUCAACUUGGGUACAUGCAAUUGGUUUCACUUUAAUGCCAACUGUGGGAGGAAUUUUUGGCUCUCAGAUAACACGGAAAGAAAUUGCUGGCUGGUAUACAACACUCAAAAAGCCAUCUUGGUGUCCCCCUCACUGGGUUUUUGGUCCCGUGUGGACAACUUUAUACACAAGCAUGGGCUAUGGCUCCUACCUGGUGUGGAAGGAAUUGAAUGGAUUCACUGAUAAAGCGUUGAUCCCACUUGGUUUAUACGGAACCCAACUUGUCCUUAACUGGGCGUGGACUCCUAUUUUCUUUGGGGCACACAAGAAGGGAUUGGCUUUUGCUGAAUUACUCUGCAUUUAUGCCACAGCAGCAGCUACAACUGUGACUUGGUACCCCAUCAACAAAACAGCUGCUUAUCUAAUGGUUCCUUAUUUGGCUUGGUUGACUCUGGCUUCUGCUCUUAACUACUGCAUCUGGAGGGACAACAAGGAUAAGGAUGAUUAGAGCUAUUAAUUACUGUGGAGCAUCUGGAAUCCAGCCUGCUCAACAACACUGACAACUUGAAGGAUGAAAUUUUGUUCUCCUGUCGAUUGUAUCUACAGAAUUCAAAACUAAAAUUAAACCUAUGGCUUAUCCUCA